GAAUCGAAUCGAGCGAUGGCGAUGAACAACGAACUGAAAACCAAAGUGGAGACGUGCUGUCAAACGGCUGAGGACUUUACGCGUUUGUAUUACGCCACCUUGGACAAUCGCCGCCAUCAAAUGGGUCGUUUGUACAUAGAGAGUGCGAAUCUAAGCUGGAAUGGCAACGGUGCCCAGGGACGUGAGAAUAUUGAACGUACAUUUUUGGAAUUGCCAUCGUCGCGUCAUCAGCUGACGACGUUGGACUCACAGCCGGUGCUGGACGCCGCCGUCGGUGGUCAGACAACGUAUGUGAUAUUGGCCAGUGGAACGGUGAAAUAUGGGGAUCAAUCGCAGCGCAACUUCCAGCAGUCGUUCGUUAUAACCGCUGAGAAUGAUAAAUGGAAAAUCGCCUCCGACUGUUAUCGUUUGCAAGAACCAUUACCCAAUUGACGUUUAUAAAUACGAAAUACUUUUAAAGUAAAUGACACAAAUAUAAAUUAAGAUGUGCGCACUGAAGCUCACAAAUAUAAGUCAUUUAGGCAACACAUUUAAAUUUA